AUGGCAAAUACUACCUCCUUUGGGUUCGCAUUACGCUUCGGACGUGCUGGACCCCCCCCAGUGCAAAAGGAGAGAUUUUUGCUAAUGUCAGGGUAUAUCCCACCUUCUACACUGUGUCAGGACAAACUCAUCAACACUAAUGGCGUCUCCCCGGACCAAGAACUACAGUCCAUUGAUGCACGUAGUUUGUCCCGCGCAAGCUACGCGGACAGCCUCAAGGAAUGGCUGCAUGACGAGAGGUUCAAAUUUGAGACGGUGGAGGAUGUCGAUAUCGUCAAAUUAACCCAUCAAAAGCGGAGUAAUGAUGAAGCUGAUCUCGUGCACCAUGCAAUUGCCCAGGUGCUCCAUCUGGGAGGCAUUAAUCAAACCCUCGCCGUCGACCCUUCGAAUCUCAAAAAGCGAGCCAGGUUCGGACAUGAGGGGUUCAAGAUCUCGUUUACUACACGGCAAGGCUCGGCUCUCACAGCCGCUGACCAGGAUGACAUGGCUACUGCUAUUGCCUUCGACUGA